AUGCCGAGAUACCAUGGAACCCCCCUGUAUGGAGGGGCGAUGGUUUGCGAUAUACCAGAAAAGUUUGCCGAUGUCAGUAAGCUGCGGCAGGUUCCAGAUAAUCAGGAGGUGUGGAUCGACAAAGGCGGCUUCACAAGCAUCAUCUUCGACAUUACAGAACGAGUCGGUGAGGCUGGACACGGACCAGAGAUAGAUGGUCGCGCCAUGACUAUCCAUCUUGAGGACAUGGUCGGCUCAGAUAUCGACACAGUGAAAAUCUGGAAUACAGCAGAAACCGAAUUCACGCGCCUUGAAUCGAAACCGCCAGCGUACACGCUGAUUGCGACCCAAACACCUAAGAUCGGACAGUCUCGUAAAGACAGCUCCCCGCCAGACUUCACAGCCAUCAUCAUGACACUGUUACGGCUGGAGAAACAUAAAUCUGAUAUCCUCAUAACAAUCAAUGUUCCCCACAUCAAAGGGGAAUACAACGAAGACGAGGUUGACCUAGAGCUCGGUAAGCAAGGCGAGCUAAUUGGAGAUGCCGUGGAGUACUCGGCUCGUAUUUGGGAAACGCUGAAGAUUAAAGACUGGGGACUUUUUGGGGAGUCAUGA